UAAUAUUAUAUUAUACAUGUAUAGGCCUAGUUGUCAAUGAAUGGGACUAAGUUAAUGACGUAAUUAUUUUAAUGUUGCGCACUAUGUAUGGGCAUGGAAUUUCCAAAGCGGUGUUACUAAAUAUAGAUAUUACGGACCUAAACUUGGCAAGUAACGUUUCAAAAUGAGUGUAGAAUUCUAGAAUUAGACGUAACACAAAUCAAAUUCAUUCAAAUAUUUUGAACGCAAUAAGAUAUUUCUUUUGAUAAAAGUUUGUAAGGCAAUUUUAUAUAUAUGAAGUCAGCAGUAAUUGAGACAAAAUAAUUGCGCAUCUUCGAUAUCGCCAGUUUAACGGUUUUUGAUCCACUCCACUCCCCAUAAACAUGGGGGUGGGGGCAAAGUGGACCGAAAACACUUGGCUAAUGAAGUUGCGUUAAAGGAGAGUUCAUGACGGUUCCAAUUUAUCUGACGGACAGGCAUGGAUAGUUCUCAUCUGAUGGACAGGCAUGGACAGUUCUUAUCUGACGGACGGGCAUGGAGAGUUCUUAUCUGACGGACGGGCAUGGAUAGUUCUCAUCUGACGGACGGGCAUGGACAGUUUUCAUCUGACGGACGGGCAUGGACAGUUUUCAUCUGACGGACGGGCAUGGAGAGUUCUCAUCUGACGGACGGGCAUGGACAGUUCUUAUCUGACGGACGGGCAUGGAGAGUUCUCAUCUGACGGACGGGCAUGGAGAGUUCUCAUCUGACGGACGGGCAUGGAGAGUUCUCAUCUGACGGACGGGCAUGGAGAGUUCUCAUCUGACGGACGGGCAUGGAGAGUUCUCAUCUGACGGACGGGCAUGGAUAGUUCUCAUCUGACGGACGGGCAUGGACAGUUCUUAUCUGACGGACGGGCAUGGAGAGUUCUCAUCUGACGGACGGGCAUGGACAGUUCUUAUCUGACGGACGGGCAUGGACAGUUCUUAUCUGACGGACGGGCAUGGAGAGUUCUCAUCUGACGGACGGGCAUGGACAGUUCUCAUCUGACGGACGGGCAUGGAGAGUUCUUAUCUGACGGACGGGCAUGGAUAGUUCUCAUCUGACGGACGGGCAUGGACAGUUCUUAUCUGAGGGACGGGCAUGGACAGUUCUUACCUGAGGGACGGGCAUGGAGAGUUCUUAUCUGACGGAAGGGCAUGGAGAGUUCUUAUCUGACGGACGGGCAUGGAUAGUUCUUAUCUGACGGACGGGGCAUGGAGAGUUUUCUGAAAUGGGUUAAAUUAGAAGAUGGCAUUCAAAUAUGUAAAUUCGUGAGCGUUUCGUGAAUGCUUUGGUUGUGAAGACAAUUUUCAUAACAUUUUCAACAUAAUUUUUACUUUUUAAAAAAUAUUAAAAAUUUUUAAGAUGCUUGAUUAAUACUUUCACUUGGAGUAAUGCUGAAAAAUUCUCAUUCUGGUAUUUUCUGGGUCAGUGGUGAUGUUCUAAUUAAUAAGAUGAGUAUUAACAGUUGAAUUGGUUAUCGGCCGGGUUCAUAUGGGUAAGGAGUUCCACAGUGUGACGGCUGCAUAGCUGAAAGACCUUUUACCCUACCCAGUUGUUCUUGGUCUUGGAAGUUCCAAGGUCUUUUGGAAUCUGAAAUUAUACCUCGCGUUUCUUAGCUGAACCAAGUCUUGUAGGAACGACAUUUAUAAUUUAAAAAACUUCAAGUGCCAUGGCUCUUAUACACCUGCAUGGUUUUCAAUGAGGGAAGAUUUGAUUUAUCUAAUAGUUGAUUAUAUGUACUAGUAUAUGGUCUUCAUAAAUAAAUCGUAGGGCUCGUUCUUGAUUUAAUUUUUUUUUUUUUUUUUUUUUUUACCAAUUAAAGUGCCAUACCAGAGGACAAUAACUAAAGUUUGACAUGAUAAAGGAAUGGUAGAUAGUGAGUUUAUCCAACCUACAAAGAUGUGUCCCUAUACGCUAUUCGAAGCCGGACUAGCUCCCAUUGUUUUAAAAUAUUGUUUUAAAAGUAAUGUCUUUUGCGAGUUUCGAUUUUAACUCUCAUUUUCACGUUAAUCUCUAUAUACUUGAUUAGGCCUAACUCAUUCAUGAAAUCUCAAUCAACUCAUUCAUGAAAUCUCAAGGAUAGUUAUGGUUUGAUAAUUAUGUAAGCGUCCUCAUACAGAUCCAACUUACUGAAUGUGAUAGGGGGAUCUACUAAAGAUCUAAACUAAACCCAAUGCUCCCUUGCAACCCGUUGUUUCGAUCAGCGUACAUGUAGACUUACGAUUACUUUCAGGCGAGCUAGAAAUACGACAAAUAAAGUGACCAAUCAUAUUGUUCCUUUCAAACUCGAUCUGGCCUCUGACAGGAAGCGGUUUUGAGAAUCGUAAACCAUGUAAACACAACAUUGUGCAGGUGCUAAACAGGUGAAAAUUAGGUUUCUUUAUAAAUGGAAUGGCGUUACACGCUGGAAAUACUCGCAGUAGUCGAGGGGCUCCAAAUAUGGACGCUACUAGUGGUCCAGGAUACGCAAACACAAGCACCUUGAUCCAAAACAGCGCCAACGACCCGCCGUACGCGCUGCCUCACCAGUAUCAUAACGGUGUGUCCCUGGAAAAGUUCCACAAUAUGGGCGUGUCCAGCAGGUCGCACGUGCGUGAAGCAGACUCUCACAGUCGACACCACCGUGGAAAAAGCAACUUUGACAACAUUCGCUCGGAGUGUCUUCAGCGCGGACGCCUGUAUGAAGAUCCAGAGUUCCUGGCGCACGAGACCUCUGUCUAUUACAGCAGGAGUUCGUCCUUCAAAAUAGAAUGGAAAAGACCAUCGGAGAUUGCUGGCCUUUACAGACUAAAGCCGGCCUUCUUCCUGGAUAAUGCCACCAAGUUUGAUGUCAUUCAGGGGGAUCUUGGGGAUUGCUGGGUUGUAUCUGCUAUUGCCUGUUUGACAAGUCCUGAUCACCGUGAGUUGUUUCGCCGUGUCGUGCCAGCGGACCAGGGAUUUCAGGAUGGGUGGUAUGCAGGAAUAUUCCGGUUUAAUUUCUGGCAUUUUGGGAAGUGGGUGGAGGUUGUUGUAGAUGACCGAUUACCGACAUAUCGUGGACAAUUGAUGUUCGUCCACUCGUGGUACAAAAAUGAGUUUUGGGCAGCAUUGAUGGAAAAGGCUUACGCAAAAUUGUAUGGCUCCUAUGAAGCCCUGAAGGGAGGAAAUGUAGCAGAUGCUUUGACAGACUUCACAGGGGGAAUUUGUGAGGGGUACACUUUAAGGGGAGUCAACUCAAAUGUUCCCAGGAACAUUGUCAACAUAUUGUUUAAAGCCCUAGACAGACAGUCUCUGAUUGGCUGUGGUAUUAAUCCGGUGAAAGGCAAUCAAGGAGAACAGAAACUGACAAAUGGUUUGGUGGCAGGACAUGCCUACAGUGUUACAGAUCUAAGGGAGAUUUUGUUAAUGUCGGACAACAGGGAAAUGCCAAUCACCUUGAUAAGAGUUCGAAAUCCAUGGGGAAACAAAGUGGAAUGGAAAGGAUCAUGGGGAGACAGAUCUCGAGAGUGGAACAGCAUCCCUGCAGACGACAGAGAGAAGAUGGGUUUGGUUUUCAGAGAUGACGGAGAAUUCUGGAUGGAGUUUUCGGACUUUAUGCGUAACUUUGAUUCCUUAGAGAUAUGUAAUCUGACCCCGGAUUCUCCGGUAGAAAUGCCGAAACAGUGGCACACAUCAGAUUAUCACGGACGGUGGCAGGGUGGAUUAAAUGCUGGUGGUCGACCAAAAUACAGGGACUCCCACUGGACGAACCCCCACUUCAAGGUGAGCUUGUCCGCUUGCGAUGAAGAUGGAGACCGAAUGUGUAGCUUUAUCGUCCAGCUGAUGCAGAAAGACCGGCGGAAAAUUAAACACAAGGGGGAGAAACUCAUCUACAUAGGUUUCCUUGUGUAUCGGUUAUCAGAUGACCAUGCUCUUCCUCUGAGGAAGGACUUCUUUGAAACCAAUCAGAGUGUAGAAUCCAGCGGUCAUUUCAUCAACAUGCGUCAGCGUAUCGCCCGUCUGUCCCUGCCCCCCGGGGACUACAUAGUGGUGCCAUGUACAUGGGACCCAAACGAAGAGGCAGCAUUUUAUUUGAGGUUCUUCUUUGAGAACAGAAACACUGUUGAGGAGACGGACGAGGCCCCCAGCAGAGAGGAAAUCGCCCUUCCACCUACUGAAAAAGACAAGGAAGAACACUUCAAACGCUUCUUUCACUCUGUCUCAGGGGAGGACAUGGAAGUGAGUCCCUAUGAAUUACAGACAGCUUUAAAUGAUGCUCUGCGGAAAGAGCCUCUACAUCAGAACCUCAGCACAGACGCCUGUAAGACAUUUGUAUCACUGCUGGAUGUAGAUGGAUCAGGUAAACUUGGCUUUACAGAGUUUUUGUACCUGUGGAAUUUACUGCGCAGUUGGAAGAAACUAUUUUACCAGUAUGAUGUAGACGGAUCAGGCAUGCUUAAUUCAUUCGAGCUCAGACGAGUUCUUGGAGCAGCAGGGUUCAAGGUAGACAACUCCACGAUGAAAUCACUGGUGUGGCGUUACGCAGACGAGAAAUUCCAAAUCAGUCUGGACAACUACUUCAUCUGUCUGUGUCGUCUGAUGAAGCUGUUUAAUGAUUUUAACAAGUUUAAGAAAAAUGAUGAAGUCACCUUUUCCUUAUCACAGGUGAGUUUUCAUAUAUUGUGGUCUCAUGUCUGAUGUUUACUUGAUGUAUAUGAACAAAUUCAUGUAUAUAUUUAAAAUAAAAAAUAAAAAUGGCGUACGGGUUUACUGCUGAUGAAAUUCACGUCAGGUGUUUUAAUCAAGUCCUGCAUAUAACUGUUCUUAAGAGCUGUAGUUUUAAAGGUUAACAAAUAUUGUAUUAAUGGGAAAACAAAACAUCAAGAUGUAGGAUGUUUUUCAUAUAAUACAAGAAAACUCAAUACACAUGAUGAAGUAUAUGUAUCAAUGAUUACAACACUUUCAAGAAAUAUAUAUAAAUGUGCAUAUUUAAACAUUUUGCUUUUAUGACUUGAACAUUUUGAAAUCAAUGAAAAUUUCUGCAUGCAUAUAAAUGUGCAUAUUUAAACAUUUUGCUUUUAUGACUUGAACAUUUUGAAACCAAUGAAAAUUUCUGCAUGCUGGCAGUGAAUGUGCUGCACUGUACAACAGAACUGCUGGAAUCUUUUCCUUUUAAAUGAGAAAUGAAUAUUAUUGAAGAAGGAACCAUUCCUUUUCAUAAAAUGAUACAUGUACAUGUAUGUGAUUAUGUUCUAUGUAUAAUUAUUCACAUGACUCUAAAUUUUAAUCGCUUAGCUCCAUAACUGAGGAUUUAUGGCAUAAACUUGUAGAAAACAACCACUUUUCUUAAGUAUUUAGGAUGAAACGUGAAAUAAAAAGUCAGGUUUUUGAAAUUCUGUGAAGCGUAUGUAGUUGCCAUUUUCAGUGCAGGCUGGUGAAAGUACUUAAAAUGGAUACUUUUUUUUUUGCAGUGGUUACAGAAAGGUGUGUCAUGAUGCAGGACGCUGAGUACAUUAGACCACUAGUAUGAACACUUCAUAUAUCAUGUCAACUGUGAUAGUGACAUAUAUGUUCCAAGUUCCCAUGAUGCAGUGCAGCAAUGUCACAUGACCUACUUUUGUUUGUGAUAGAUUGAUGAGGUGAAUUGAUGUUUUGCUGUGGUACUGGAGAGAAUGUUGUCCUCAGUGUUAGGUACUAAUGGUUACUUCGUUAAAACAGGGUCUGUGUGUCAGUAUCAGCUCAACAACCUCAGGGUAUUGUGUGUGAUAGGUCUAUCUGAAGAUGUCAAAGAUCAGAAUCCAUAUUUAUUUAGAUAUUAAUUUCCUUCAAAGUUGAUGAUAUUUUGAUAUUUUUAUGUCCAGUAUGUCUGUGGCUAAAAGCUUAACAUACACAUGUAGGUUAUAUACCUUGUUAUUCGGUGAGUGUAAGUCUUGUAAAACCUGUUUAAUUGUGCCUUCUUUUGAUGACCUUGACCUUCAACCUAUUUAUCAAAAUUUUUAGCAAUACUCGCUCUUAAACUACAAAUGACUUUUUUUUUUAAUAUUUAGUGGGUAUAAAUAAUCCUUCUUGUUUCAUGGCCUUUCAACUGAUGCUAUGUUUGAUGACCUUUCGAACUUUACAGGGACCUUAAUUCCUCUUUCCAAAUAAUUUGAUUUAGUGACUGUGACUGGACCUUUGAAAUGGUGCCAUGAUGUUUGACCUUAUGACCUUUGUAUGGACCUUUUGAUCCACUUAUUAAAUAUAUAGAAUUGCUUUUUCCUUUUUUUACAUGACGGUAAGUAAGAGCCUUUGAUACAUGCCAUGUGUAAUCCUCAUAACAAGGGCUCUCCAAAUACACGCGAUAGAAAUGUACUAGCAUUUGGUAGGCACCAGAAGCAUUGUGUCUCGUUUACGUAUUAUAUUUUUGAGCAUUCCAGAUCAUGACUCGGUAAUUUCACAAGCAGGCAGCUACUCUUUUUAUCAGAUGUGGGUAAACCGAAUCGGGAAUAAUGCAGCAAGAUUAUAAAAAUAUGUGUCAUAGCGCACAGCGUACAUUCUAUUGGAUGAUGCCAGUAUGUGUCAUUUGUUGUCUUGUUAGACCCUGUCCAUUGGUCAUUGUUUGUUUACAGAGUACGUCUUGUUUGUUUGUGUUAUGGUGGUGUGAGAACAAUAGAAGGAAAACUGGGUAAUUUAGGAAAUUAAAGAAAUAAUGAAAGAAGUGGAUCGUGCAGAAAUGACCCUCAUGUUUCUAUUGUUUGAUAUCGCCAUAAAACAAACACACUAGACAUUUAUUUCUUUUAUUUAUAUCUUGUUAUUUAACUUGUUUGUAUCUUGUGUGUGUCUUGGAUAUAGGAGUUACAUGUAUGUUUAGUUGGAAGGCCACUUUUGUGUCACUUCUUGUCUAGAGAAAUAUAAAUUACAACAGCUGCUCACAAAACACUGGUAACUGUAGAUAUUUCAGAAUGUCUGUUCAUGAGAUUUAUUGGGUAGCUUGCACAACUUUUAAUUUGUUUAUCAAAUUUUCAUUUUUGAAUUAACUUCCUGAAAUUUUACAAACAUGUUGUGUGUGUAAUUUCAAGUAGGUACAUGUAGUAGUUUUAAAUGUUUUAAAGUUUUAAUUUUUGGAAUAUACUAUGUUUUAAAGUAUACAUAUAAUUUUUGGAAUAGACUGUUUUAAAGUAUUACAUAUAGUUUUUGGAAUAGGCUAUGUUUUAUGGUAAAGGGUUAUUUGUGUUGGCAACCUCUGUGUUAUUCUUUCUUAAGUGGAUAUAAUUCUGAUUAGUAAAUAUACAUGUACUUGUGCAAUUGUUACUACUCGCCUAUUUCCGUAACAGCAAAUGAACCUCGUAUGUGGAUUGGCCAUCAGAGUCUGUUGCUAUGUGUACACAAAUGUAACUAUGAUGCCACAGUCGUACGUUACAAUAUGAAACGCGACCUUUCAACUGCAUCUAAGAUAUCAUACAAUCUGUAAGGUUCUACCACUAUCAAUUUCCACUUAUAUGUUUAUGUAUUAGAGUGAAUUAGACGUUAAUGAUACCAAAACUGAAUCUGCGCGGUGAAAAUAUAAAUAACACAUUAUACAGGGAUUUGAUUCUGGCCUUUUAACCUCAUCCACAUGCAUGCUUCCGGUGAAGAAAUGCUUCGAUUUGAUGCAAUUCUUGCACCUAUCCACGUCCGAGUCUUCUUACCAGUUACGAAAAAGGAUGAAUUACACGUGAUCCGAUUGGUACUUGUACUAAAUUAAGUUGUUUAGUGGUUUAAAUAAAUUUCACUGAAAUUUUACUCAUGAUUUUAUUCACAUCUCUCUAUCUCAAUAAUUUCAAUAUCAACAUCUAUUUUUUUUUUGUUUUUGUUAGAUAUGCAUGUACUAGAUAAUAUUAUUUCAUUGAUAAAAUUGUACAGUGAAACCUGCUUAAUCCAACACCUGUGCAAUCUGUUUCACUGGACAUUCCAAUCCUUAUCUUCAUUUUCAAUGUUUUUACACUGUUUAUUCUAACUCACUGUGUAUUCUGAUAAAAAAUAUUUGCCUCCCAGUGCAUGUUGGAUAAGACAGGUUUCACUGUACUUACAACUCUCUAUCAUUCAUUUAAUAUGGACAUCACUAUUUUCGUUUUUGAUUUUUAAGUUACAGGAGAGAUGAGAAUUUUUAUUGAUACUUUAUUGUUUAGUAAAUUUGUUAUAAUUGAUACAUUACAUUUGCUAAUUGUAACCGUGACAAAUCUGUAGUUUUUGGUGCAAAUUAAUUGGUCAACUUUAAAUCAAAUGACAUCUGGUCUGCUUAUAUAAGCACAUUGACACCACUUUUAUUUCUGAUUCUCUAAUUGGUACUAGAUGUAGAUAAUAAAUGAUAUAUACUUUGCAGAAAAUGUUGAUGGCUUCAUAAUUAGGCAGCCAACUUUCUUGUUGUCAUACAAUUUCAAUCAUUAAUUAUUGUGUAUUUUAAUUUACAGACAUUUGAUGUGAUAUUCUACUUUGUUGUAUAUUGCAAUGGUCGAUAUUUUCUUAGAAAUUGCUUCUGAAAUGAUCUUUGAGCUUGUACGAGUCUAUUGACUUUUGGAGAUCUGAUAUUGAUUGACUUUUUGAAAUGUUUUAAAUUUUUUUAGUAUUUUACAGGUAGUUGUAUUUGUGUGUUUUAAGAGACAUUUUUAUCUGUUAUUGGAUAUGCCACUGUUAUGUAUUUUUAAGAUUAUCAUUUUAUAAUAAGUCACUGUCAUUAAUAAACAUCAUAAUGAAA